AUGAUUGGCCCUAACAGUCUCCUAAUUGCCCUCACCGGCAUUGUUGGUUCUUUGGCGAUACCUACUGGUCUUGGUCCCACUGAAAGCAGCGUAGACAUUACCGAGCGUGGUGUCCAUGAUUUCGUUCUUGGACCACACAAUGAUGUUCGCCGUCGUGCCAGCAUCAACUACGAUCAAAACUAUCAGACUGGCGGACAAGUCAACUAUUCUCCCUCUGGGAAUGGGUUCUCUGUCAACUGGAACACCCAAGAUGACUUUGUUGUCGGAGUUGGCUGGACUACUGGAUCUUCUUCACCUAUCAACUUCAGUGGUUCUUUCGGUGUCAACAGCGGAACUGGUCUGCUUUCCGUCUAUGGCUGGAGCACCAACCCGCUGGUUGAGUAUUACAUCAUGGAAGAUAACCACAGCUAUCCCGCGCAAGGCACCGUAAAGGGAACUGUCACUAGCGAUGGAGCAACUUACACCAUCUAUGAAAAUACUCGGGUUAAUGAGCCCUCCAUUCAGGGCACAGCGACCUUUAACCAGUACAUCUCGGUUCGAAACUCUCCCAGAACCAGUGGUACUGUCACUGUUCAGAACCACUUUAACGCCUGGGCUUCGCAUGGAAUGAACCUCGGAGCUAUGAACUACCAAGUUGUUGCUAUUGAAGGCUGGGGUGGCAGCGGUUCUGCUUCACAGAGCGUUAGCAACUAG